GAGACUCCUUCAGUCUGAUGCUGUAAACAAACGCGGAGGCUCCGAUACUCGGACGAUAUUUAUGAAAUCUAAAGGAUGGAAAUAAGGCUUCCGAUUUUCACACACAAUUAUGUUUUAUUGUGUGUCUCUGCGGUGUUUGUUUACGCUAGUGUGUUCGGCGUGUCGGCGAUAGACGUGUACACUCCAACCGAGGUGUUAGUUGAGAACGGGACCACAGCCACUCUGUCCUGUAGUUUCAAGUCUAGAGAGGUGAUCAGUAGUUUAGCGUCAGUCGUGUGGUCUUUCCUUCCGGAGGGAGAAACUGGACAGCCCACUUCAUUCUUCUAUUACUCCGGCGGGAAGCCGUUUCAAGGUUCUCUGCCGCAGUUUAAGUCUCGUGUGGAAUGGGCCGGAGACAUGAACAAGAAGGACGUGUCGAUCCGUGUGAUCCAGAUGCAGUUCAAGGACAACGGGACAUUCAGCUGCGACGUGAAGAAUCCUCCAGACAUCUCCGGACAGGUGUCCAUCAUUAAAGUCAGGGUGGUCAUGAAAGAGGCUCUUCCUCAGACCAGCAUGGCGGUGAUCGUGGGCGGUGUGAUCGGAGCCGUGAUCGGCAUCAUCAUCAUCGCUGUGGUCACGUACCUAAUCAUCAGACGACAGGAGCCCAGUCACGAAUACGAAGGCUGCACCUCGUUAGAGAGUGUGAGCUCACAGAACACUAGGGUGGGGAAGAAAGCGGAGUCUAGCAACGACAACUCACGCUGCUCCAGCCCCUCCGCCCCCGUACAGGGGCCGGUGAUUUACGCCCAGCUCGAUCACUCCGGCAGCAAGAACUCCUUCCACAAGAUGGAGCCGGUGGUGUACGCAGACAUCCGCAAGAACUAGAGCGCCUUGGCACGUGACGGGUCAGACGGGUCAGAUGGGUGGGUUAGUGGGUUAGUACUGGACUGGUGACGGCACGUGACCACAGACUCUUUCUUCUGUUUCUGUGUGUGUGUUUUCAUGUCAUUGUUAAUGUGAGUUUCUAGUGUAAAAUAACGCAGCUGGAUCUCACGCUCCUCAUGUCUCACCACUCUAACUAAAUAGACUUUGUGUAGAGAAAAUCAUGUUUUUUUUAUAGCAUUAUGAUAUGAACACCACAAACGUCUCUUUACUGCAGUACUCUUUUACUGUAUUACAUUUAAAAAUACUGUUGUUUUCAUUUAAAUCAUCGUAAUAUUAGGAUGUAUGAAUUCUCUGGCAUUUCAUAAUAUAUUUUGCAUAAAUAUAAUGGAAAAAUGGACCAUGCAUUAAUUUUUUUUUUUUGAUGACAUUUAUGUCAUAUUUCACCACUAAGUCAGUUUGCAUAGAGUAAAUGAAGUCUUUAGGACCAUGAAUUGAUGUUUUACAUGAUUGUUUUUUAAAUUAUUUUCAUGAGGAAACCCGAGAUUCUUAGUGCUGCUGUUAAAAUAAUACUGUAAUACAUUUUUAAAUCAACGUAAAAAUAGCAUGAUUCAUAAAUACCAUUCAAGUAAUAAGUUAAGUUAAUGGUCAAGUGUUUUUUUCACAUCCAUGUCAAAUUUCACCACAAAAAAAAAAAAAGCCUUUCUAAAAUAACACGAAGGGAAUUUUUUUGACAAUGUUUUUGUGACAAUUAUGAUUCUCAUUACUGCAUUGAAUUAAAAUAUCACAGUAAGAAAGUUUUUUAAUCGACAUUUAAAAAUGCAUAAAUAUUUAGCCGUUUAAGUAAUAUAUUUUGAAUAGUGAUCAUGAGAGUUUUUGGGGAAAAUGUGCUUAUUUUACAUUUAUGUAAUUUUGAGUUAUUUUAUUUUCAAAUUUAUUUUUAUUUUUAAAUGGUCAAGCUUAAUUUCUUAUGCAUUUUCUAAAUCAAAAUGUGGUUUGUAUAAAGAAAAUGAAGCCUGGAUAUUCAUGACAAUUAAGAACUUGAUUUCAUAACUGUAAUAAUAAUAAUUUUUAAUCAACAUAGAAAUACCAUUAUGUAUAAAUACUUACAAUUUACAUUGUAUUAUUUUUUGCAUUAUGUGAAUUUGCAGUGUGAUGUUAUUUUUUUACAUUAGUUGUCCCAAAGAGCAGUUGAAUUUUUGUAUGUGAGCUCUAGCGUGUUUAGUUUGUGUGGUGAGACGUGAUGCGCAUGCGUUCGUGAGAUCGUCUGCGCCGCUCCGGCUGCGUCUGCAUGUAACUGUUCUAAUCACAGCUGAAGAUCGUGGAGCAUGAUGGGUAAUCACGCCUCCAUGAUCCCUUUUAAACACUAGUGAAGGGAAGUUCGGAUCAUUUUGAGUCUCUUUGAAUCUUUUUUCGAGUCAUUUCGUUCAUUUUAGCAAAAUAUAAUUAAAAUGUUACGUGUUACUUACCUAACACAUCUACUGCUUACUCAAACGAUCACACUACAAACAAUAUAAUGCUAUAAGAAACAAGUUUAAUUCAUUUACCUGGGCCUUUAGUCUAUGAAUAGCUCACCUCAGCUCUUAUCUGACAAGUCUUCAGGUUUGAGUCGUUCGUUCAUCAAUGCAGUCUGAGCUGGAAAGAGAAUUGUUUAGUUCAUCUCUCGAGUCUUUCAAGUCGUUCGUUCUUUUGUCACGUGACAGCAUUGGGUAGAGAAAUUAGUUAAUUUACAACCUUCCUCAUAAGCGGGUGCAUAGUUGUUGUUAUUAUUAUUAUCAUUAUUAUUUACUCUUACAGUUACAUGAUGUGUUUCUGGUCUCAAAUUGUAGCUUUUUAUUUCUUACAGUUCAUAAAUGUGUGAAUUUCUGUCAUGAUGGUACUUUUCCAUAACACUGAAUGUGGUAAUAAAUAGCUGGUUAUUAUUAUUAAGUCUCUUUCCGGCUCAGACUGCAUAAGUUAAGCUUAUGAGGCUGUCACGUGAUGAACGAACGACUCAAACCCGAAGACUCGAGAGAUGAACUAAUCAAUUCUCUUUCCGGCUCAGACUGCAUUAGUUAAGCUUAUGAGGCUGUCACGUGAUGAACGAAUGACUCGAAGACUCGAAACAGGUGAACUAAUUCAUGCACGCGACUGAACAAAACACUCCCCGAGACGACUCGUUCUUCCCGAGUCACAUUAAAGAUUCGUUCAAAAUGAACGAAUCGUUCAAGAACGACCCAUUACUAAGCUGCCAAACGGAGGAGGACGGUUUGCACGUCUCAGCGGUUAAAGUAGUUAGCUUGUUAACAAGACAGCACUAAUCCUGUUAGCAUAUGUGUGUAGAAAUGCCAAGUCUUCAGUGUUAGCUUAGUCAACUAGACUCUACAUUCCGCAUUUAAUGCGUCGCUGCCAUUUGAGUUGAAACACUCCACUUUUAUGUCUUAAGUUUUUUUGGGUUUUUUUCUUCUUCUUAUGUACAUUUCAUGUAUCAUAACUUAAGUUUUGUUUUAUUUCGGACACUUUUGAACACUAUUGAGACCAAAAUCAUUGAUGGAUCAUUCCUUUGCGUUUCUGAUGCUGGAGUUGUUUUAUUGUGUUUUUAUUUGCCUAGAUUAUGAUUAUGUUUUGUACUGCACAUUCCAUGAUGCCUGUCGGUACUGGUUCGAUUCUGUACUGCGGUUGCAAAUCCUGCACUGUUUCUGAUUCAGACUGCAGCACUAUCGCGUCACAUGAUCAUGUUAACUGGAACACUGUGGAUGAGAGUGCCUUCAUCGACUAACGCCUGUUCACACUUCCUGUUUUCUUCUUGUUUUAUUGGCCUUUUGUAUAUGAAAACAGCCGUAUCUGUCUAAUUUUAUACAUGCAUAUAUAUAAAUAUAUCAAACUGAAUGAAA